UUCCUUCUCUUCCCUACUUUAGACCAGACGAGAGAGAGAGAGAGAGAGAGAGAGAGAUGGAUCCGAAGACAACGGAAGUUUCGCAGCUAUUUGAGCGAUUCAAGGCUGCUUUCAUAAGGAACGAUUAUGAAACCUGCUCCAAACUCCUCUCCCAGCUCAAGGUCUUGUUGACAGAGUUUCGAAGCCUUCCUCCAUUAUUUCAAGAAUCGCCUAAUGCUAUUCAUGAGCUGACACUUGCAAGAGAUAUAUAUGAGCAUGCAGUUGUUUUAAGUGUGAAGGCUGAGGAUCAAGAUGCCUUCGAGAGGGAUUUCUUUCAGUUGAAGCCUUAUUACACAGACACAUGUGGUAUCAUUCCACCGUCACCUCAGGAGUACCCAAUCUUGGGUCUUAACCUUCUGAGGCUCCUAGUGCAAAAUAGAAUUGCAGAAUUCCAUACAGAACUAGAGCUGCUUUCAGCCAGUGCUCUAGAGAAUCCCUGCAUCAAACAUGCUGUGGAGCUAGAACAAUCCUUCAUGGAAGGUGCUUACAACCGCGUUUUGAGCGCUAGGCAGACAGUUCCACAUGAGACAUAUGUUUACUUCAUGGAUCUCCUAGCAAAGACAGUCAGAGAUGAAAUAGCUGGAUGUAGUGAAAAAGCAUAUGAUUACCUUUCCAUCAAUGAUGCAAAGCAGAUCUUGAUGUUCUCCUCUGACGAAGAGCUGUCUGAAUAUAUCACGGAGGAGCAUUCGGAGUGGGAGAUAAAGAAUGGGUGUGUUUUUUUCCAGAAGGCGAAAGAAUCUGCACCUUGCAAGGAGAUACCAUCCCUGCAACUCAUCAAUCAGACUCUGAGUUAUGCAAGGGAGUUGGAGCGAAUCGUAUGAAGCCCAUUUCUUUUGUACUCACACCAACAACGGCCCAGCAUCUCAUCAAUCCGAAGAGUACCCUGAUUCCCUUUCUGUCUUUCUGGUCAGUGAAAAAACUACAAACAUGAAAAAGGGAUCUUUUUAGCUCACUGAAUCAUGACAAGUGCCACUAUAUUCGUA